UCAACAACAGAGGUAUAGGAAUGUAGUGUUCCGUUGUUCAAUUUUCAAUUCCAAUUCCAAUUCCUAGUAGAAAUUUGUGCAGAGAACGAACCAAUUCCGAACUCGAACCAAUGGACAGAGAAUGGGGUUCAAAACCGGGAAGCGGCGGAGCCGCGACGGCGCAAAACGAAGCAAUAGACCGCCGUGAGCGUCUCCGACGACUCGCACUCGAAACAAUAGAUCUAGCAAAAGAUCCAUAUUUCAUGCGCAAUCAUCUCGGUAGCUACGAGUGCAAACUCUGUCUCACUCUCCACAACAACGAAGGAAACUACCUCGCUCAUACUCAGGGCAAACGCCAUCAAACCAAUCUCGCUAAGCGUGCUGCACGUGAGGCUAAAGAUGCUCCCACUCAACCUCAACCUCAUAAGCGGAAGCUUAACCUUAAGAAAACUGUUAAGAUUGGGCGUCCUGGUUAUCGUGUGACUAAGCAAUUUGAUCCUGAUACUAAGCAAAGAUCACUCCUUUUUCAGAUUGAAUAUCCUGAGAUUGAAGACCUUGCAAAGCCUAGGCAUCGAUUUAUGUCCUCCUAUGAGCAGAGGGUGCAACCAUUUGAUAAAAGAUAUCAGUAUCUCUUGUUUGCAGCUGAACCAUAUGAAACAAUUUCUUUCAAGGUCCCUAGCACAGAGAUUGACAAGUCCACUCCAAAGUUUUUCUCGCAUUGGGACCCAGAUUCCAAGAUGUUUACGCUGCAGUUGUAUUUUAAAAUCAAGCCACCAGAGGUAACCAAACCACAGCCGCCCACAUCCACACCCAAUGGCACCACAGCACCUGGUGUUCCUCCAAGGCCAAUGCCCCCACCAUCACAAGCUCCAUUACCACCACCACCACCUCCUCCACAAGGGCUUCCUCCCAGCGCACCUUUGGGAAAUCCUCCUCGGGCCCCUCCACCUCCAAUGUCAGGAUCAAUGCCGCCACCACCUCCUAUGUCUGCAAAUGGUCCCAGACCUGUACCUGGCGCAAUGCCACCUCUUCCACCUCCAGCUGCCCUUGGUACUCGACCUCCAUCAAUGCCACCUCCACAAGGUUUUCCAGGCCAACAAAUGCAGAGCUAGGGCAUCCCUUUGCCUCCACCACACCCUAUUGCAUAUGACCUACUCAGUCCUUAGGGCAGUAUGCUGAUCAGUAUCAAGUGUUAAAAAGUCAGUAGUCGAACGCACCUUAUCCACUGAGUCUCAGUAUAUUUGUUAUGACAGAUGCUAGUUUUCAUAAACAAGACCCCAAAUUGGCAAUACAUUGUUUAUUGCAAUUUACAAAUUUAUACAUUUGAUUUGCAGAUUCCA